UGUAUUGCUAUUUUUAUUUACUCUUUGUUUUUGGCACGCAGUGUCAGUUUUAUUUAUACGUCAAUCUCAGUAAAUGUCAGUUGUGAGUUGUGUUCGUUCAGCAUCUGUUUUUGCGCCUGUCGGUCCGUUUUCGCGAUCUGAAAAAUACUAAAGUGAUAUUAACUUUUUUCAAAUUAAAUCAUUUUCCAUAAAAUACAAGUAAUAAUGUAUUUUAGUAAUUUGUGAAUUUUAGGGUGUGCCAUUUUCAAGUAUUAUCGUUUUUGCUUAUAUUGAUAAUUGAUAAUUUCCAAAAUGAGAUUGGCAGGGACAAUUUUCAGUAAUGUUACGAAAAUGUUGGACUUCUAUUCCCAAUUUAAUCCAUCGCCGGUUUCUAUCAAGCAGUUUAUAGAUUUUGGUCUAAAUGCUUGCGAGAGGAAGUCAUACCUGUUCUUGAGGAAGGAAUUACCAGUGAGGUUGGCUAACAUAAUGAAAGAGAUAGCUUUACUCCCUGAGAACCUACUCCGGAUGCCGUCAGUGGGCAUGGUGAACCAGUGGUAUGAGCGGUCGUUCGAGGAGAUCAUACAGUUUGAGAAGAUGGAGCCAGAACCGUCUAUCUUAAGUCAAUCGUCAAUAUUGGACAGGUUCUGUGAGAGAUUGGUGCACAUCCGCAACAGACACGCUGAUGUCGUACAGACGAUGGCGCAGGGCGUCCUCGAGCUGAAGGAGUCGCACGAAGUCGAUCCCGGCACUGAGAACUCGAUACAAUACUUCUUGGAUCGAUUUUAUAUGAGUCGAAUAUCGAUUAGGAUGCUCAUCAAUCAACAUACUCUCCUCUUCGGCGAACAAAUGGGCGCAAGACAAGCAUCAGUAAAUGGUAUGGGUUGUGGCGGCCGGCACAUCGGCUCUAUAGAUCCAGCGUGCGACGUAGCCGCGGUCGUACGAGAUGCGUACGAGAACGCUCGCUUCCUAUGCGACCGGUAUUACCUCGCAUCACCUGAACUUGAACUAUUGCAGAAUGGAGUGGCCUCAGACAGUCCGAUGCCUAUAAUCUAUGUGCCUUCACAUCUCUACCACAUGCUGUUUGAACUCUUCAAGAACGCGAUGCGUGCUGUUAUGGAGUGUCACGAAAAUGCACCUCCACCUAUACAAGUGAAUUUAGUAUCGGGCAAAGAGGACAUCUCAGUUAAGAUGUCGGACCGAGGGGGCGGCAUCCCGCGCAGCGUGUCAGAUCUCCUCUUCAAGUACAUGUACAGCACGGCGCCGCAGCCCUCCAAAUCUGAUUCACACACCGUACCGCUGGCUGGUUACGGGUACGGAUUGCCGAUAUCGAGGCUGUACGCGAGGUACUUCCACGGCGACCUGGUGCUCAUGUCAUGUGAAGGAUACGGCACUGACGCCGUCAUAUAUCUUAAGGCGUUAUCGAAUGAAGCAAACGAACUUCUCCCAGUGUUCAACAGGACGUCGAGCAAGUUCUACAAGUCGAUGCCGACGUUGGCGGACUGGUCUGGCUCUCUCAACACUGCCAGCAACUCGCAAUGCGCACGCGCAAAGAACAGAGAGAAACUCUCGCCAUCGAUAUCGCACGGACUAUAGUUGUACAAGCUGGUAACACUGGUAGUUUAGAAAUACUAUAUUAUCUACGGUAUCUAUAGUUGCUUGCAAAAGUAAUUGUCUAUAAAACUUCUAUAUUGUCUAUGGUACCUGAAACCGGUAAAAUUCACACUAAGGAAGUUCUAUAUUGUCUAUGCUAUAUAUAUUGAUAUAAGUACUAUAGACAGAUUUGCAAGUUUUUGGUAAGACUCGCAGUAAUCUAUUCAUAGAAAUAUAUUGUCUAUGGUAGUCUUGCAUUGUGUGAACGGUUUAUGUGUGAUAUAGCGUGGCUGAAAAAUUCAGUGUUUUGUGAUUUAAUGUACAAAUUUUUCAAUGGUAAUAGAUAUUAUAUAUCUAGAAUUUAUUUCUCGGCUUUAAAAAUUCUAAAUUUAGAUUUACUGCCGCUGCGAGUCUGUGGUUUGUUUUUAUUGUAUAUUUUUUUAACACAUGUGAUACUCGAUUUAGCGAUUUGUUUGUGAAUAAAAAGAGGAUGAAGUAUGAUUAGAAAUAGUACACGUUAAGUAUACUUUGACAUUGACAGUAUGAAUGAUUUAAUUAUUCAAUAAAUAUAGUUCGCGCAAAUGUAAU